AUUUUAUUUGAGUGACAUUCCAAGGUGUGUGUGGGUAGUGUUGGUUGAUAAAAUAGAAAUAAUUAUUUACAAAACAGUAUUUAAUUGAUAAAUGAUUUUAAUUUUUAAAAGGCUGAAAAAUGACUGAAAGAGAUUACGCACCUUUAAGCAUUGCCUGCGUUCGCGGGCUCUGCGACAAAAUAUAUGAUAAGAGGAAAUUUGCUGGUGUUGAAAUUGAAAAGAUGGUGAAAGAUUUCAGUGAUGCAAACAAUACUAGCCAAAUCAAAAGACUCAUUCGCGUGUUGGGGCAGGAUUUAAUGUCUUCUACCAAUCCCAACGUGAAGAAUGGUGCUUUGAUGGGGUUGUCCUCUGUGGCAGUUGGAUUAGGAAAGGGUUGCGUGAACUACCUGCCGGAGCUGGUGCACCCGAUCCUGGCGUGCUUCAGCGAGAGCGAGUCCCGGGUGCGCUACCAGGCGGCCGAGGCGCUGUUUAAUGUAUUGAAGAUCGCUCGAGGCGCGGCGCUGGAGCACUUCCCGCCCGUCUUCGAGGCGUUGGCGCGCCUGGCUGCGGAUCCGGAGCCCCAGGUCAAGCAGGGCGCUGAGCUCCUGGACCGGCUGCUCAAGGACAUAGUGACGGAGAGCACAUCAUUCGACCUCGCUUCCUUCGUGCCGAUGUUGCGCGAGCGCAUCUACACCCGCAACGCUUUCGCGCGACAAUUCGUGGUCUCGUGGGUGGGAGUACUGGAUGCUGUGCCGGAUAUAGAACUGCUGACCUACUUGCCUGAUCUACUCGACGGCCUCUUCAAGAUGCUAGACGACCCCAACCCCGAGAUCCGACGCAUGUGCGACGUGCAGUUGAACGAGUUCCUGCGCAGUAUAAAGAAGGACCCGUCCAAGGUGGACUUCCAGGCGAUGAUCAACAUACUCAUCACUCACGCGCAGUCGCCGGAAGAGCUCUUACAGCACACGGCGGUGCAGUGGCUCCAGCAGUUCGUCCAGCUGGCAGGCGCACGCCUGCUGCCGCACGCGUCGGGCGUGCUGGCCGCCGUGCUGCCCUGCCUCGCCUACCCCGACAAUGCGGACAACGCGAGGCGCAACAUCCGCGAGACUGCGGCGACGGUGAACUUGCUGCUCACCAAUCUAGUUGUGACAGCUGGCGAAGGGGAACAUAAACACACAGAGAAAGUAGAGGACAGCGAGGGGGUAGAAGAAGGUAGCCAGGGGGUAGAAGAAGGUAGCCAGGGGCAAGAAGAAGGCAGCCAGGGAGGCCUAGAACUGGCUGGAGUGGUGGGAGUGUUGACUCAAAUGCUGCACCAUUCGUCGGUUCAUACCAAAGUGGCAGCUUUGGACUGGAUCCUGCAUCUGUACAACAAGCUGCCUGCGCAGAUGUUGAAAGAGACGGGCGGCGUGUUCCCCAGCGUGGUAGGCAGUCUGACGGAUGCCUCCGACGAUGUCGUGCGGCGCUCCCUCGCAGUCCUCGCGGAGAUCUGCUCGUGCGGAGACCCCGCGGCCCCGGGGGCUGCCCAGGGUGAUUUGGAGUCGAGUCCAUACUACUACAAAUUUCUACAGUCUCUAUUGAGGUUACUCGCUGCUGACGACAAUUUACUGGAAGACAGAGGCGCUUUUAUUAUUAGACAGUUAUGCGUGCUCCUAAACGCGGAGGAUAUCUACAAGGCGCUGUCCCACAUCCUACAACAGGAGAGGGAUCUAAGGUUCGCAGCCACCAUGGUGGAUACCCUGAGCACCAUCCUGCUCACCGCCGCCGAGCUGUGCGAGCUGCGGCACACGCUGCGGGCCUGCGACAAGCCGGCCACGCUGCAGUUGUUCCGGCGGCUGUACGGGUGCUGGUGCCACAGCCCGGUGGCGCUGCUGGCGCUGUGCCUGCUCACACACAAGUACCGACACUGCAGCAGACUCAUCACUACAUUCGGUGAUUUAGAAAUAACCGUGGACUUCUUGACAGAAGUAGACAAAUUAGUACAAUUAAUAGAAUCUCCAAUUUUCGCAUAUUUGCGCCUGGAGUUACUGGACGGUGACGAGGCCGUAGAGCUGCGGAACGCUCUGUACGGGCUGCUGAUGCUGCUGCCGCAGACUGCCGCCUUCCACACGCUGCGGGCGCGGCUGCAGUGCGCGCCCGCACUCUGCCGGCCCGACCGCAGGGCGGUUGUCAGCCCAGCGAAGACCCAGGAGGGUAUGGAUAUAGACUACGAUGAGUUACUGGCAGAGUUCCGCCGCGUUCAGAUCGCUCACAGGCAAUACCGCGCCUUACAUCGCGCCUCGCAACACAUCGACGGCAGAUACUCAUAGCACCCACACACACAUCACUAGCGAUGACGUCACAGUACUCUAACGUACCCCGCAUUUGUAACAUUAUAAUAUGCAGGCCGGCAGGGUGAGGAUGGCUGGUGUGGCAGGUAGAACUGCUGUAUCAGCUAUCUUCGCGUCUGGACUUCACCGUCACUUAACAUCAGGUGGGGUGGAGCCAUUUGUUAGAUCUAUCUAUAACAUAAAUAUAUAUAGAGCUUGCGUUAAGCCUGAUAUUAUAAUUAUCAUAUGCACGUUUGGCAGAAAAAUAUAGAUUUCUGCUCGUUUCAAGAGUAACUGCAUGAAAACCGCGUGCGCAAGGAUUUUCUGGAAAUUAAACCCCCAGUUAGCGCGCCAUCUGUAGUGUUGGAUUAAAAUUAAACUUUACACGCCAGGGCUGUUAAAUUAAAAAGCUGCUUCGAAUAGUAAAAAUUUUCACAGUUGAUAGUUCAUAAAAAUAAACUUCAGUACCUACUUAUCACCAAACAAAUGAUUUUUUUCUCUCUUUUGGACUCUUGGACCAAAUGGUCCAUACCAGCCCCUUCGUAACAUGACUAGUACACAAUUUCUUAUCUUAGUGAAUGGUAUUUUAAUCCGCUUCACAUGCGCUAUUUGUAUUUGCUAUUUAUUAUCAUUUUGACAGCAGACAGCCCGUUGUCAAAAUGACGUAUGUCAUACUCUUUAACGAAUGACAAGCAGAGGGUGUAUUCCGUAAUAUAAACCAGUAUACUGCCCAGUGCUAAUGACGUCAUGAAUCGACGCUAUACUGGUGAAUUGUUCCGAAAUAUAUUGGCCAGUGCACUGACGUCAUAAAUCGACGAAAUAUUAAAAAUAGUGCAAUAAAGAAGAUUUUUUAUUCAUCACAUCAAUUAAAAGGAAUUUCUUUUUGUUCGGAUGCCAUUAUUGUUCUUUCAAUAAAUAAGAAAUAAAAUUCGAAUGCAUCUCACGCACGCUCGGUCAUAUGUCAUAUCCGUUUUCCCGGUAAAAAUAUGGUAGCAUACCAGUACAAGAUGGCGUCGGAUUCGUGACGUCAUUACCACUAGCCAGUAUACUAAUGUAUAUUUCGGAAUACACCCAGAGGCUGCUGUCUUGCUUACAAAUAUCAAAUACGAAUAGUUAUGUUGAGUACCAAAAUUAUAAACCUACAGGUCGACAAAUCAAUGGUUUGCUGAUCUUUCAUGAAAGCGUCAUGUUGUAUUUAUAAAUAUCAUUAAGUAAUGGGUAUUAUAAAUCCAUAAACACUUCAAAGGAUUUGUGAUUAAAAUAAUGUUAUAUUAUGUAAAUAAACUGAUUUACCAAUAAAUCAUAUAGCAAUUAAAUUAAUAAUAUUACGAAUAAUUAUAUUAAAAAUGAGUUUGCUUUAGAUAAAUUGCACUGAUUCGACGACAGUGUCGAAAGUACACUCGGAGUCAAUAAUUCUGCACUGUAAAGUGUCAACAAUGACUAUUUAAAAAGUGAAAGUCAGUGUUUUUGAACUCGAGUGUACUUAUUACACUAUGAGGCAUAAAGUAUGCUGAAUAUAUACCUAAGUUUUACUUAAAUACUUUAUUUGAAAGUAGAGCAAACGAACAUGGUAAGUUACAUUAUGUAAAAAAUAAAUAUUUAUACAUUCCAGACAUCGUUUUAUUUAUCCACUAGCUGAGCCCCGCUCUUUAUAAGGGAUAUUUUCCCGCAGUAAACCGUAGUCUAUGUGUUAAUCCAGGGCGUCAGCUAUCUCCAUACCAAAUUUUAUUAUAAUCGCUCCAGCCGUUGAGACGCGAAGAAGUAAGAAACAUACACACUCAUAAACUUUCGCCUAUAUAAUAAUAGUGUGCGGAAAGAGAAUGGGAUUUAGAUUGGAGGGCGCUGUAGUGCUUUUCUACCGUAUUUGUAACGUUUUACCCCUUUUAGACAUGAUUAAAUACAAAAAACCGCAAGAAAUCACAACAACAAACAAAUCCAUAUCAAUAAAAAACUUUGACGUUUUACAGAUUGCUGUGUUUGAUUGCCAAAUAAAAAUCUUAAUAUUAGUUCCGUUUUUCGCCACGCCCAUUCUAUAUCCGCACAGACUCUAGUGUGAAUUGUAUCGCAUCUAUGCUGUCGCUCUGUCAAGUCAACCAUCAUAGAAUAUCUCUGGAGUAAUUAGCUGCUACAGUUCUUAGAAUUCCGAGUCUCCAUUAUACAUUGUGUUUGAUAGUUUACUAUCACACACCCUUGGUGUCUAUAACGUGGUUAACAUAGAAACUUGGUCAGUAAUUUGUGAUCGCUAAAUCCAAUACAAUAUUAAAAUUAAUUUAGGAAAGCCAAACAAAAUGCAUUUUUCUCAAAGAAAACAUACUCUUAUCCCAAACAUUGAAAUACAAGUAGUAAAUGUCCAUAGAACCGACACUGCUCGAUUCUUGGGGAUUCACAUUGACAGUAAUAUGACUGGGAAGAAGUGUUUCCAUAGAUCAUUGUAAAAAAAAUAUAUAAAUUCUCAUAUGUACAUGUUGUCUAAGGCCCGUAUUACAAAAUGACAACUAAGUAUGCUUUCCAAUUACAGAGCAUAAUGCGACUCAGUCGGGUCCACAUCGGAUCCGCGCGUGAUAAUUCUUCAGAAUAGCACUGCUGAUUAUUAAGUGGGCAUUGGAAAAUAAAAUAACAAUAGGGGUUGUCCAUUAAUCACGUGAGGCUCGAAAGGGGGGGCGGGGUCCAUAAAAAAUCGCGAAAUAUCACAACGGGGGAGGGGGUGUAGUAAUAUAUCACUUGUAUUUCUGUGGUCCGAGGAUACUGUACAUUAAAUAAUGUUCAUGUAUAAGUUUCAAAAAAGUUUUUCGGUUUCUUUCAGUAUAUUUAUGUCAGCCAAAAACAACCUGCAACAUUUCUGUCUACCUCUAAACGUUAUUUUAUUUUCCAUAAUAAAGUUAAAUGAUACAUAUUUUUCUUUUAGUAUAGAAAAAGAAUACUAGAAAUAUAUAUAAAACAAAACAAUCCUAGUAUUAAUCUGUGGAUAAUGUUGUUGGUUGUACAAUAAGUAUAACUUCAUUGUAAGCCUUUAACAUAUAUUGUACAACUGUUUGUUAUCCCUAAUAAAAUAAAAUAAAAUGAUGUGAAAUGGGGGGGGGGGGGGGGGGUCUAACCUCACCAUGUAUCACCAAGGGGGAGGGGGGCUAAAAAGCCAAAGAAAACAUCACGUGAUUAAUGGACGGCCCCAUAGUUACUGAGAAUAUGUAAAAUGUUUAUUAUUAUUUUAUUUAUUACAUCACAUAAUACUUAUAUUAUUAUUCCUCUCUAAACUUAAACAAAACUUACAACAAGAAGAGAGCACUUUAACAUUUUGUAAAUUAUUUUUAGGGCACAAAAUAUGCUGCCAACAUAAUUAUUUACAUUAUAAAAAUGUUUUUGAUAUUAUUAUAAUUCAUUUAAAUUAUUAUUCAUAUAAAAUGAAUAUUAUUCAACUAUUAUACAGCCAAGUAAAUAUAUAAAUAUAAAAUAAACGCAAAAAUGAGGAAUGUCCAACAACUUGAGAUCUUAACAAGAAAUAUGUAUUAUUAUAUCAAUAAUAACAUUUGCUAUGUUUUGAUAAGUCUUGUAAACUCUAAUAAAAUAUAAAUAAAAAACAGAAGCGCUAUGAAGUUUGAAUCGCACUGUUCAUUUUCGUUUCGGUCACCAAAAUAAAAUAAAUAGAUCAUAAUUUGAAAAGGUAUUUUUAUUGUUUGGAAAAUACACAUUUUAUUAUUCUGCUAAUUUCCUUUGCGUAUAAUAUUCUGUUACUCAUACGACAUUUCAUUCCCUAUUUGAUCCCGUUUAAAAUUAUAUUUUUUAAUGUAGUCAUAUCUUGCCCUCCAACGUACGCUCUUUCUUAUGCUAAAAUUCAUCACGACUUGUUCAGUAAUUCAAACAUGACAACAUUUAAUUUCGAAAAUUAGUUACACGCUUAUACACUGCCAAGAAAAAAAUUAAAUAACAUGUGUAAACAUAAACAAAAAACUCAUUCUUUUUUUGUAUUAAAGUUUGUAAAACAAAGAUUUCAUUGAGUCACUAUCUCAAAAUGUAAACUAUUAUUAAGUAGUUAUGAUUUUAUUUAUUUUUAAGCAUUUAACUGCUAGAUGUUCAAAUCUAAAGAAAAAUUUACUAUAAAAAAUAUUUUAUAUUAUUAAGUACUUAGGAUUUUCGAUUAACAACUCGCAUAGCUCAUUGAGUGUCAAGUAUAAGUACUGACACUUGUUGGGAAAGAUAUUCCCAGCUGGUUGUUCUUUAUUCUGUUCACCGAAACGAGUAAGUGGCGUUCUUUCCUUAUCUCAGGAUCACAACAAAAGAUACAUGUAUAGAAAAUUGCGUCACAGAAAAAGGUGCGGUGAUUGUAUACAAUCCAGCUAUUGAUAGAAAGUCUUAGCUUUCCGUCUUACUACUAGCGGCCCGCCCUCGUUUCGCUUCGGUGUAGAGCUGAAGUGUAGACUACAGUUUUUGUUCUCCGGCUUGUAUUAUACACAAUGAUAUUCAUCUUUGAUUCUUCUUAUACCUGCAUGCAAAGUCUCAGCCCGAUCGGUUUAAAAUUGACAAAGUUUCAUACAAACUUUCAUUCCCUAUUUUAUCCCCUUGGGGGUAGAAUUGAUCAAAAUCCUUUCUUAGCGGAUGCCUACGUCAUAACAUCUACCUGCAUGCCAAAUUUCAGCCCGAUCCGUCCAGUGGUUUGGGCUGUGCGUUGAUAGGUCACUAUGUCAGUCAGUCACCUUUGAGUUUCAUAUAUUAUACAUACUAUAGUAUCUUUUAUCUCUAUUACUCUGUGUUUUAAAGUAAACAUAAAAAAUAAUAGUUGAGGAGCUGGCGAACAAAACAGUAAAAUUACGUAAAAAUAUUUUUUACAGGCGCCGUAUAAAACUGAAUGACAUACCUGUAGUGAGCUUUUGGCAUGGUUUUUAAUUUAUAAAUUUUAACACUGUUUUAGGAGGUUUUGAUUGAAAAUUAUUUGAGAUUCAAAUUCAACGGGCCCGAAACCUCCGUACUGUAAAAAUAUGUAGUUUGACCAGAUGCGUAAUUAUACCGUUUUGUUCGCCAGCUCCUCAGUUGCAAUUUGAAACUGGUAAAUCGUGCGCAAGCACUGCGCAACCUAUAAUGCGAUUCAAAUAAGAAUAGGAAAGCCAAUGACAUCUAUCUGUCAAAUGUUGCUUGAAAAGUACGGUUUGCAAAAAAAUCUUGGAACCCUUUUUUAGCACUCUGCUAAUUCUAGACUAAAAACCAAACAUUUGUAAACAAACAAUAACAAAUAUUGAUAAUAAAUAUCGGUUGAUAUUUUUUUUCACUUAUUGAGCUUUGGCCGUGA